CGACUUGGAGCAUGCGCAGUACGGUUUACAACAUCCAUAUAUCACAUCUUUUGUUUGUACAAAUUCAAACGAGGAGCUCAGCAGAACUGAACGGAAUCACGCUGCGUAAGAAUUCAACAUGACAUCACGUGUUGGACCCAGAGCUGCCGGUACGAAUGGAAGUGACUUCAAACAAAGAGAAAGGGCGGCACCAGAAUACCAAAUGAGUGCUUCUCAAAAGUCCGAGGUGAGGAAGUUGAACCUGGUCCACCUUCUCAUCUGGCUGCUCGUGGCGGCGCAGGUGACUGUCAGCCACUUCGACCUGGUGUCACACGACACAGUGUCCAUGCCGUACCAGUGGGAGUACCCCUACUUGCUCAGUCUUCUCCCGCUACUCUGCAGCAGCCUUUCGCUUCCGAAGAACAACAUCAGCUACAUGGUCAUAUCCAUGAUCAGCGCGGGGCUCUUUUCAGUGGCGCCUCUCAUUUACGGAGGAAUGGAGAUGUUUCCUGUCGCGCAGCAGCUCUAUCGCCACGGGAAGGCCUAUCGCUUUAUUUUCGGCUUCUCUGCUGUGACUGUUAUGUACCUCAUCAUGGUGGUCGCCGUGCAAGUGCAUGCCUGGCAGUUAUAUUACAUGAAAAAGCUGCUGGACUCAUGGUUCAACGCCACUCAGGAGAAGAAGAAGAAAUGAUAGAGGGGUGAAAAAACUUUGGGAAAAAAACUGUUUCAGUGUUAAUUUAUACUUAACUUAUGAGUCUUAUUUAUGUUAUUUAUUUCAUCAUCAUUCCUUCACCACAACUGUUCUAUGAAAUAUAUAUCUGUCAAAUAGAGAAAGAUGUACAAUUUAUUGAGGGAUCUGGUUUUUUUUGUGUGUGUCUUAUAGAUUAAAAGCAGAUAUUGGGCUGUCCAGAACACACAAACCGGAGUUGCAUCAAGUCCACAUCCAUUGCAUUCAGUCUUUUCCAGUUCUCUUCAUA